AUGGGGAUUAAACAACUCUACCAUGUCAUCGCCGAAGAGGCGCCUGAUGCCAUCAAGACUGGUGAGAUCAAGAACCAUUUUGGGAGGAAGGUUGCAAUUACGGCUGACUUGCACAGGUCGAUGAGCAUCUACAGUUUCCUGAUAGCGGUCCGCUCAGAUGGCCAACAGCUCAUGUCUGAUACGGGUGAAACCACGUCUCAUCUUAUGGGCAUGUUUUACCGCACCUUGCGCAUGGUCGACAAUGGCAUUAAACCACUCUACGUUUUCGACGGCGCACCCCCCAAGCUUAAAUCUGGCGAAUUGGCGAAGCGCUUUGCUCGAAAGAACGAGGCGAGCGAUCAGCAUGAAGAGGCAAAAGAGACAGGUACCGCUGAAGAGGUUGAGAAAUUCUCACGGCGCACGGUCAGAGUCACGAGAGAGCAUAACGAAGAGUGCCGACGACUGUUGAAGUUGAUGGGCAUUCCUUACAUUGUAGCCCCCACCGAGGCGGAGGCUCAGUGUGCGGUUCUGGCGCGUGCUGGGAAGGUGUACGCAGCAGCGUCUGAGGACAUGGACACUUUGACGUUCAACUCACCAAUCUUGCUCCGCCACCUUACAUUCAGUGAACAGCGCAAGGAACCCAUUCAAGAGAUACAUCUCGAUAAGACCUUGGAGGGACUUGGUAUGGACAGAAAUCAGUUCAUCGAUCUAUGUAUACUCUUGGGGUGCGACUAUCUCGACCCAAUCCCCAAAGUCGGUCCUAAUACUGCGUUGAAGCUCAUCCGGGAGCACGGUUCUCUGGAGGGAGUUGUUGAUUUCAUUGAGAAUGAUACCAAAAAGAGAUAUACCAUUCCGGAAGACUGGCCGUACAAGGAGGCGAGAGAAUUGUUUCUGCACCCAGACGUGCGAUCUGCCGAUGAUCCGGAAUGCGACUUCAAGUGGGAAGCUCCUGAUGUCGAAGGUCUCGUGCAAUUCCUGGUUCACGAGAAGGGGUUCAACGAGGACCGUGUCCGAAGUGCGGCGCAGAAAUUACAGAAAAACGUCAAAACAGCCCAACAGUCGCGACUCGAGGGGUUUUUCAAGGCUGUCCCCAAGACUGAGGAGGAGAAGAAGAGCCUGAAACGCAAACACGACGAGAAGAUUGCGGAAGCAAAGAAGAAAAAGAAGGAAGAGGCCAAGACCAAGAAGGAGACAAAGUCCAAGGCACAUCUAUCGACCUGA